UAUAGUGUUCUUUCUUACCACCCAUCUACAGUCUGGGUUUUGCUGAUGAGACGUUGACAUCAACACAGACACCCCGCUGGGUAUAUGACCAGCUUGCUGUGAGUCGAGAGAGCAUUUUCAUGUUUUUCCAUCCACUGGACAUUUGGCGAGGUUGAGGACAUUUUAGGCUAUUGGACAACAGCAAACAUGAAACGUGGAAUUUACAAGACAAAAAUCUGUCGCAGUAUCUGCUUGGAUUUGAAUGGAUUUAUGAAGUAGCCUAAAUAACGGCUAUCUAAAAAAGAACAAAUCGCGUGCAUUUGAUAGCCUACUUCUGGAUUGGAAACAUGAACGAUACACGUAAUUCAUCUACACAUACGUUGCCUGACAAGACUACUGAAGCGAUGGCUGUACCCGUAUUAAUGUUUGCAGUUGGUGUCAUUGGAAAUAUAAUAGCAAUAGCCGCUCUUUCUGGAUCUAAGCAGGAGCGCAAAUCCUCCGCGUUCUUCGCCCUAGUUUGUGGUUUGGCUGUGACGGAUCUGCUUGGGACUUGUUUGGCCAGCCCAAUCACUAUAGCAACUUACCUCAAUGAAAAUGUGUUAUAUGAUAAUACUAACCUUUGUGAAUUCCAUUCCUUUUUGUUGCUGUUCUUCGGAGUGGCUGGGCUAAGUAUUAUAUGCGCAAUGUCUGCUGAGCGCUACCUCGCGAUAUGCUGCCCUUACACUUACCAAAGAUGGGGAAUUGACCAACAUUUUGCACGCAAGUGCUUGUUUUGCAUUUAUCUCAGCAACAUUGCAUUUUGUUGUCUCCCAGUGAUGGGUAUGGCUGGAAGCAUUUGUCAGCCCUCCAAAACGUGGUGUUUCAUCAACUGGAGGGCUGAUAAGACUCUGCCUGCAACAUAUUCGUUUUUAUAUGCCAGUGUGAGUUUUUUACUGAUACUGAUGACGAUAGUACUCAACUUUGCAGUUUGUGGCAAUCUGUUGAUAAUGCGUCGCAGGAAAAUCCAAAGUCCAGUUACAAGAGGGAGCGCACGGGCGCGCUGGAAAGCGCUUUCCUCCGGCGUGGAAGCGCAAAUGAUGACGGUGCUCAUGGUGACCUCCGUGGUAGUUUUAGGUUGCUCAGCGCCGCUGGUGGUACGCGUAUUUUCUAACCAGAUAACAUGGACCGAGAAUUCCCAUGCAGAUUUGAUGGCUAUUCGGAUCGCCUCGGUCAACGCCAUCCUUGACCCUUGGAUCUACAUCCUCCUGAGAAGGACUUUGUUCCGUAAGAUUCAGAGAUUCUCUAAAGCGUUUACAUUGGUCGCAAAGGCAAAGCACCCAUGUUGCCAGUAAAAUCAUCACAAAGGACAUUCCACUACCAAGGAGACAUUACAAACACCCAUGUAUUCACACCUCUGUGAAGCGCCAUGCAUAAAAAACAUAAUUCACCUGCCCGCCACAGUCGCCUAGUGCGCUCACAUCACCCAGGGGGGACAAAGUUUGCCAUUUCUCCCCACAAGUUGUCCGAUAUCCAGUCUCACAAUGUGUUGUGUCGAUAUAAUUGAUGAUGGGUGGCAAUUCACCUGUUUUAAAUAUAUAACUUUCAAAAACAGUAGAUUAAUUAAACAAAUUAACCAUGUAACAGUUCAGUUAUAGAUAGUACUAUGGGCUCAAGCAUUUGGCUCAAUCACAGCUAUGUAUACGUUUUACACAAACAAUAAAUAUGACAUUGUGAAGUUGAAGAGAUCCGUUGUAUAAACACCAGGUGUGUUUAGUGCUGCUAACCAAUUCAGACUUUUUAAAUUCAUUGGUAAUAUCAAUGAGCAAAGAGUGGGUCUACGGAAUGAUUAGGUUUUGAGUCUGUUUAGUGUUGGCCUGAGAUGACCCCUUGUUUUUCCCCAUUGUGGCCACAGAGAGGUUGUUCAUUACUUGGUUAAAGGUCCAAUGCAGCCGUUUUUAUCACAAUACCAAAUAAUUUCCAGACAACAAUUAAGUACCUUACUGUGAUUGUUUUGAAUUAAAAUGGUCAAAAAAUAACAAAAAUAACUUCUUAGCAAAGAGCAAUUCUUCAAGCAAGAAUUAUGCUAGGACUCUCUGGGAUUGGUCUAACCGGGGAGGCUCAAAUGGAAAACGAGCUAUUGGCAGAAAGGUUUUGAACUCUCUUUCUUAUUGGUCUAUUUGGUGAUGUCACCAGGCAGACCAAAAUUGCAUCCCACCCAAACAGGCAGAAAUUUCAGGUGGCCUUUUCAAACAGCUCUUAAACUAAAAGGGCAUUAAACAUAAUUUUCACAAUUUUACAGUUUUAUUCCAACCUUAUAGUGUGGAAAUAUAUAUAAAACACAAAAAAAUCAAGUUUUUGUUUACACUGAGCCUCUAACCAAGACCCUUGUUGAUAGAGUCACUGUGUCAUCACCCUUAGAGGUGUUGUCAGAAAGCGGAUGUUGCAAGAUCAGGGAUACUUCUCUUUCCCCUGAAAAACGGAAGUGGGGACUUCACUUAAAUAUGGUUUUUACCAGAGGUGGCGCCACCCCUUCACAACGAAUCACGCCAAUACUUUUCUUUUCUUGAAACUUGCAUAAAGUAGAGCAGAGCUCAACUUUUUCUACCGCUCUGCUAGCAGGGUUCUCGCUGCUCACCUUCACACAAUCUCCCUCACAUUUCUCUGUGUUCCCUCAUUGAAAAUGAAAAGGGGGAAAAACUUCUCCUGCCGAAUUUGCUGUUGGUGAAAACCCACUGUCAGGCGUCAUUCUAUCCCUGUUAUGUUAGGUUACUGUGCCAUAGACAUUUGAGGGGCUAAUGGAUCAAGCUCAAAGGCAGUUAAUGCACAAGAUGUAGUUUAAUCUCCCGGAUCUACUCUGUGCCCUGAAGGGGCAACAAACGCAAAGUAACAGACAUUUCACAUCAGACACUUUGAUGUCUCUUCUGCAGAGUUGUAAACAACCUCAGAGUUACAGGAUGUGUCCAAGUGUUUUUCUCAAAAACUUUGGACUGAAUUCUAAACACUGUCCAGCAACUAUACUUGCGACUGCAGUUACUCUCAAAAAACAGGCGUUGAACUUCGUCAUAGAGGUCAUGGGAGAGAGACUCCCCAGGGAGAUGAUUAGUUCCCCUAGGUUGUGUUCCUAUUUUCUACCCUUCACCCAGAAGUGUGCACUUGUUCACUUCCACUCAUGCAUUUAAAAGUAUUGGAUUGGUGAAAGCGGCUGGAGGGACUUUCCACCUGUUCCUUUUAAAGGAAUGUACUGGCACAAAUCAACGUUUAUUGGUCACGUACAUACACAGUUUAGCAGAUGUUAUAGCAGUUGCAGUGAAAUGCUUAUGUUUCUAGCUCCUAACAUGCAGUAAAAUGUCAAACAAGUAUCCAAAUAAUUAAAAUAUUCGUAAAAAAGUACAGCAAAAAAAAAUGUUGCUAAGAAUCAAUUAAAAACCCAAAUAGCACUGUAACAGUAAUCAAAAUGCAAUCUAUACGUAUGUACCAUAGACAUUAAAAUCAGGUUUGUACACCAGCAGAAUUUACACAAUAUAUACUAAGAAUGAUAUAUACAUCAGUAUAUAUAUAUAUUAGAGUGAGCUAUGUCAAGAAUCCAGUAUAUAAAUAAAUAUGCAGUGUGUAUAAACAGUGUAACCAAAUACAAAGUACAGUAGUAAAAGUAUUAGAAUGAGCUAUGCCGGAUAUACAGUAUUUAAAUACUCUUGUGUGAAACAGGUAGUGUCCAAUGUUUCAAUGUCUCUAUGACAUGGGACAGCAGCGUUAGGUGUGUGUGUGUGAGAGAGAGUGU